AUGAAAGGAGAGGAAUUGAAAAGUUCCAGCGAUGCUCAAUUUGAGAUCGACGGUUUUGACCGUGAGCGACAAGUAGAGUUCGCCCGUAGAUUCUUGAAAGAUGAUCAAGACGUUGCAGAGUUUUUUCAAUACUUGCAGCAACAACACCUGCAAGAUGUAGCAAAAAUACCUAUUUUGCUUUUAAUGUUGUUGUUGGUUUGGAAAGAAAAGGAUUGUGAAGGACUUCCUUCAUCACGGGAGAUGGUGUACUUUCAGUUUCUACAGACUAUGUUUAAUCAUACGCGUGAAAAACAAAACAAGCCGGCGGAAAAAGUUGACGACCACAAAGAAGAACUCUGUAAAGUAGGAGAACUAGCCUUUGACGCACUUCUACAAGAUUUACUUUAUUUUCCUCUCAGUAAACUGCCAGAUCCCGUUUUGACUGAGAAACUGAUCGAGGUCGGGUUGUUUCAGCUGCUAAACAUGUCCGCUCUUAACCCGUGCAAAGCCGUUCAUUUCAUUCACAAAUCCAUGCAGGAGUUUUUGGCUUCUUUAUUUCUGAAAGAAAAACUGUUAUCUCAAGAAAGUAAAAACAAUUCCCUUUUCAAAGUCGACUCAAGUGAAAAGAUCUUCAAGUUGAAUGAAGUUUUUAAAUUCGCUGCUGAAAUGUCAGAAGAAGCCGCGCGCGAGAUCUUGAUUCAUCUGUUGGAAAUGGCGGCGAAGGAACACGGAGAGUACAGCUUCGACAACCAAGCACCGUCAGUGAAAGAUUUGUCAGAAACACAAAAAAAUCUUUUAACUCUAUGUACACAGUUAUUCUUCUACUGCUCAGCAGACACGAGAACAGAACUUUUCCCCACUUUUCUUUCUAAUCUAGGAGGUGUUUUUUUAAUAAAUCCUGACCAGCUGAAUAUUGCAGCAAAGGAAAAUUUUGUUAAAACUACCGCUUCACAUAUGUACAUAUUUUUCUCUGAAAGCAACCAGUUUUCCUAUUUUAGGAAUCAGUAUACAGAACAAGAUUAUAACAAUUUAAUUAGUUUAGUACAGCAAUUAAACGCUGUUAUAGUUAGUAGAACAGGAGAACAAAAAGCAUCAGAAUUUUUGAAUGCAUUUCCAUGGCGUCAAGUCAACGAUUUUUUUUUAAUGAAAGAAGAAAACAACACUCACCUUUAUUUUACUGACAUUGUAAGAUGUCCUGGUGAUUCUUUUCUUUUUAAAAUGGUAAAGAAGUUAGUUAGUUUAGAAGAGACAACAAAGAAGACAAACAUGAAUGGUGAUGAGUCAAGUGAAGAGAGCAGCAGCAGCUGUUGUUCAAAGCGUCAUGGUCUCUGCAGGGUUCGGACGAUUCAAGCUGAGUGGGUGAACAGGUCAGAAGUGGAACAGCUGAUUGAGAUGAUGCCGUUUAUCACCGCUCCACACUGGAUAUGGGUUUUGGGUGAACACGGUGAAGUGUUUGAUGCUGAGGUAACAGAGUCUCUACUGAGGAGCAUCCCAACAACACACAAACUGGAGAUAUUAAGACUCGAGCGUAUCAAUGUCACAUCAUCACCUGCUGUGGAGUUCAUCAGCAGAGUAUUCAAACAAGAUCUUCCAAACUUGAAGUCGCUCAACAUGUCAGACAAUCCUCUUCUGGGUGCAGGAGUCGACAGCUUGAUAAAACAUCUCAGCUGCGCUCCUCACCUGGAGAUACUGUUCCUCGCAGGAGUGAAGAUGACUCCACAGCAGGUGAUGAAUCUCACAUCAGCUGUACAGCAGCACGGAAACAUCGCUAAACUGGUGUCAUCCUACCACGUAAGUUUUCCAAUUUUAUCGCAAUUUGUUUUUUUAUUCUUUGUUUACAGUUUAUUUCUACUCAGCUCUUGCCUUUCGCCAUUUUCCUUUCUUUGUUAUUUUUAUACUCGAGAAAACACGAGAUUUGCUUUUGAAAUCAAAUCACAAACUUUAGCAGAUUCAAAGUAUCAUUUCAAAUUCAUUUCUUUCAACUGAUUAAACUAACUUCAUAAAAUGUUUUCACUGAGAACGUUUAGGACAAGUAACUUCAGCUGAUAUUAAAACAUGGAGUUGAACACAAGAAGAUAACUUUUGUAUGUUGAAGCAACCAUAAGGUGAAAUUAUUGGGUGAAAACAAGAACUUCCAGCAAAACAAAAUCAUAUAAUUUCCACAGUAUUAAUUUCUCAAUCAAUUUUAAUUCAUACUUUUUGAUAAAGUAACAAACAACAAUCAUAAAAGCAAAUAAAAGAUGUUCAGUUCAUGUUCAAUUCAAACAAAUGAGCAAAGAGUAAACACAUUGAACUCACAGUUUCACAUUUAUCGUCCAGGGCUCCUAUAAAAUCAGUUUAAGUCAAGUGAAGUUCCUUUGAAAGUCCAGAAAACAAACAAGUCUUUUUUAUAGCUGUUCUUUUGUUAGUUCUUGAGCGUUUCUUUGGUAAAUACUGGUCCUUGCAGUUCGGUGAAGCCAUGGUUGGUUUUUGAAAUAACAACCCACACAAAAAAAUUGUAUCUUCGAGACAACGGUUGAAAGCAACACCAAACAAAUUUUCCUUACAGAUAAACACUUCGCUUUUCUCCACUGUAUAGCAUAAGUGUCCAUUGCAUGAUUUUCAUCGCGUAAAUAGCAUGAGCUUGUUUUCAAUUUUCCAAGAACACUCGCCAUACAAAUCAAAUCCUGCGGAGCUUUGGGCUUUCGUGAAAUAUCCUUAUAAAUGAUGUUUCCUUGAGCUUCGAACAACUCCUUAGGAUAUUCCUGAGUAAAAAGAGAUGAAUCCCUGUCUUGUGUAAAAUAAUUUCCGUGAUGUUUUCUUAUUAAAUUUUGAGUUCAUCCUGAACAGUUUGCCGUUGAAGAGCGAACUGAACAAACUACAAAAACAACAAACGAUGUCAUUCAAAGCCUAGUGACGUGGCGGCAGCUGAUUGGUUAAAUCCACCUCGGAUGAUUUUUCACGUGAUGACAUUUUCCCGCCUUUCGUUUUAUUACGUAACAAAUUCCCGCCCGCAAAAAAAUACACUGUGAUCUGCGAAUUUUGUAAGGCAGAAUAUAUUUUCAAAAGAAAAGAAAAAGGAGUUGCUAAUUUCGAUUUUGAUUAUACUAUUUUGAAUGCGAAUUUCUUGUACGUGCGCCUUGAUAAAGAUAAUGUUUCUCUUUCCAAUCCCGCCGAGAGGGGAGAGGUACUGGUUGGGGGGUAAAUCUCCCUCCUCCCUAAACUUGGUUUAAAAAUUGGCGAUGGGUAACACUCGUUUCUUGAACUUAGUCGUAAAGGAAGUUUUUGACUUUCAGCGCUUCACCUCCACACCAACAUAGCAGACAAAGAAGGCGUAACCACCGUGUGUCUAGUGCGGUUUUGGCCCCUCUCUAUCUCUCUCUAUGUCACGCAACGCCGGAGAGAGAGGGUCCUUCCCCUCAUCCCUUAUCAGAACGCAAAAAGCCUGAAAAUUACCUUUUCAUCGAUAUCUCCCUACUCGCAACAUUUCAUUUUCUUCCUCCUCGCUACAUUUUCGCCCCAAGUUCUCCCUCCUCCCUAUUCUGUUUCUCUUCCCUCCGCCGAGAAGUCAGAAUCUUCGCUAGGAAAAAUUUCUCUCAGCAAAUAACUGUAAAGACGCUUAAAAAUAGUUUGUCAGUUGUUUUUAACACAUUAACCUUAUGCUCGUAUAAUUUUUGACAAGGUACCGGGUUCGAAUCCUGCGCAGUACCCUUUCUUUUUUCCUUCUGUCUUUCUCUUUUUUGUUACUUUUUCGUUUUUGUUUUGUUUGCUUAUUUGUUUUGUUGUUGUUGUUUGUUAAAUAUACACCUUGUAGAGCAACGAUAGUAUAUUUAUGGAUAAACAAUCUGAAUUUCUAUCGUUUCCUACAACUUUCAUUCCUUUUUUAUUGCAAUAUAUUGUACAAAACUAAAACAGUAGCCAUAUGCAGUCACAAACUGGCUUUUAUUAUAUAGGCCAAGUUUUGACUGGUGAUCUUUGCUUUCGGCAUGCGAUGCUUGUUUUGAACUUGGUACAUCUUGUCAAAGUUGUUUUCAUAUUAACAAUUAUCUUUCGUUGGUCAGUGUAAUCGUAUUGUACUUAAAAUGAAGGUUUUGAAAUGUGUACACGUCCACACUUUAUUAAAGGGAGAUGGCUGGUUUUAAGUUUUUUUUUUUUUUUUGCAGGAUCGUAAAGGGAACCCCAAACCUGAACAUAAAUGGCCAUCAGAGAACUACUGGAAUAGGGAGUACCCUCUCAUCUUUCCUGAUUCAUCACCUGAAUCAGCGCACGAGCAGGAGCAGGUUAGUCAUCACUCACCUAUUUUUGUGAAAGUUUAUUUAUUAAAUAUUUAGUAAGACUUUCCGUGUUUGUGUGAACAGUUCUAUUUUUCUGUCCGUCAGAGAUAAUCAAAUACGCUCAGAAGCCUUCAUUUUGUAAGUCUCCAUUGCGGAGGAUUUCCGAGUUGGUGAUACUGAGUUAGUUUUUAAUACAGUAAAAACUCGCGUGUAAGAAUCUAGUGGCUUAAUAACCUGCUGGUAGAAAUUUGCUUCUUUAUUACCCAGCAAUAUAAGAACCAGGUUGGCCAAACGAGAUCAAGCAGGUUCUUAUAUGUGGGUUACAGUUAAAUUAAUAAGCUUAUUCAUCAUCUAAAAAAGAGAUUGAACAGGAACAGGUUAGUCACCAGCUUCGUUUCGUUAAGUUUAUGCAUCAGUCAUUUAAAACUCCGGCCCCCCGACCCCCGGGACUUUGCGGGGAAUUUAACAUUGGUUUGGUGUUAAUUGUCUUAAAAACGGCAGGCGGAAAUCAUGAAACAUAAAUGACUGUUCGUGUAAUGUUCAAUCACGUCACGGCACACGGGAGUUAAACUUGAAAAAGUUGGCCUAAUUUUUUUAAGUUGCAAUCCGUUUUCAUCCAGGCCAUGAAAACCAAAUUCUUAAACUUAUAGUCGAGGUACAGUAGUAGGGAAAGCCAUUUUAAAUAUAACUGAACCAUCUUUUUAAGGUUUUCUUUAUUCCAAUGUGUGUUCGUUUUAAAUGUAAUAAGUACGCUGGUGGGCUUACAGUUACAUAUAGAAGGUGGAUGGUGUUUAACAUCUUAAAAUGUAUGAUUUUUGCCAGAACGAUGGAGAAGUCAGUGAAACUGAAGAAGAAACCCCAUUGUAUGAAUCAGUGGAUGAUCAAGAACGGGUGGGUUGCUGAUAUUUUUCGUAUAGGUUUUUUUUUUUAAGGGACUGCGCAAUAAUUAUUAGGAGGAGUAGGCCGGUUGUAAAAAGGAAGGGGCGUUUUCCAUUGCUUAUUCCCUAUUCACACCAACUAAACGUGUUUUAUUAAACUAGGUUUUAAAACUGAAUGAAAAAUAUCAAUAGUAAACUAGAACACAGGCUUUUACACAAAAUUCUAGUGAACUUUUACUUUGCAACCGGAAAAGGUAGCACAGGAGUUAAACUUGAAAAAGUUGGCCCCGUUUUUUCAAGUUGCAAUCCAUUUCCAUCCUGGCCGACAUUGAAAGCCAAAGACACAGACAAUUAUAAUCGAGGUUUAGCAGUACGUAAAGUCAUUUUAAAUAGAACUGAAGCAUUACUUCAGGGUUUCCUUUCCUUCCAAUGUGUAUUUUCCCUGCCAGCAGAGAUCUCUUUUCCCCGGUAUUCGGCAGGCGGUAGGAAACGAGCCCUCUGGUCGCAGGGAAGUGUGUGUUUAGGGUUUAAAAAUAAUUCCAAAAUAUCAUGACAUUACUUUUUAAUGGCAGUACAAAGAUGAUGAACCUUUCGUUUUUUCACAUCGUAGGAGAUAAACAAUCAGACUGCCGAGUCUCAAGUCUUGCCUGAGUUAGAAGAUUUGUCCACUGAUGAGGUAAAGCCUUUCUUCGACAUUGUUUUUAAACAGCGUUUAAGGGCCUGUUUACGUGGGAGUGGGGACCCCAGGUAGGUGAGGUAACUCGCUUGGGUGCGGUAACCCGCCUGGCCAUAUAAAUGUUUAUUUUAAUUUGAUCACGUUUACAUGAUCCCGUAUCCGGGGUCCCCCACCUACAUGUAAACAGGCCCUCAGUUAGAUCCUCGCUGGAAACAGAAUUAGGUAUUUAGGCUUCUACUUGCGCAAGGCUGUUAAAAGGCAUGUCCGUUUGUUAAUUGAUGGUGAUGACUUUCUGACGUGUUUUUUGCGUAACUUUAAAAACUAAAUGCGAAGUGUCGUUCUCCAGUUUCUGAUUCUGAGUUGCAAGGGAAAGUCUUCGUUGAAAUGUGUUUUAAAAGAUAGAUAAUUAGGCCUCUACACUUGUCUUGAAAUUUCAUUUCGAAGUUUUCUGCUGUUGAAUGUCGUUUCAUGAUUUAUUUUGUCGCAGGACGAAAAAGGGAACCUCGAGCUUGAUAAUGCAAGAUCGUCCGUAGACUAUGAGUACUCUCUUUUUUCUCUUUAAGCUGCCGCCCUCGUUUCUCGCGUGUCGUGGCUUCGCCGCUCGACACACGCUCGCGCACGGGUGCAGUGCCCUCGCUAAAUCUGAAGAAAAAGAUAGACUGUUCGCAGUCUAGAAUAUUGUCAAUUUGUCAAUGUUUUACAUUCAAAAGAUGCAAAGAGUUGUAAAGAUAAAGACUUUCAGUGUUAAUGUGAACAGUUCAUUUGUUUUUGUCCGUCCGUUAUACUUUCAGCAGCCUUUGUUUAUAAGGCCUCCAUUGCGGAGGAUUUCUGAGUUGGUGGUUAAUAAUUAGGUUAAAUGUUUUUGAAAUGAGAACCCAACCCGUGUAAAGGAGGUGAAAUGGUGUUUAGUAUUGUUUUGUGAUUUUCGAGUUUUUGGUAGACUUAACACUGAAUUCCUUCUUCUAAAAUCCUGAAAUGCUGUAGCUGAAUCCUUCCAUAUAAUAGUAUAUAAUGUUUACGUCCCGGAGCUCAGAUAUAAAAUGUCAAUGACACACUGGCGUAGAACAGUGCGUCUUUAAACUUGCUGAUUGGAAAUAGGAAAGGCUGGAUAUACUUAAGCUUCAUGGCCUCUUAUCAGAGGAUUUCCUAAUUGGGCUGUAGUUUAUUACGUUGAGUGUGAUUUUGUACCUGUGUUUUUCUUUUGUAGGCCGAUGAAAGGGGGAGAAGGAGAUGCUCGUGCUGUAUUAUCAUGUAAAUUACUGUGCAAGUUAAACAGGAAUAUUUAAUAUGAUCCAAC